AUGGCCGACAAUUCCCAGGAGGCGGCUAGCCCAAAGAAUGAGCGAGUCUACGCAGAAGCAGCCGAAGAUGCAGAGACGCGCGCCGCUCGCCGCGAGCUGAAACAGUCUUCCAUAUCGGAUCCUCCUACUAUCGUGGGCGACCUCGCAUCUGACUCUGUCGACGAGAGAGCGGCACGCCCUGAGACCCCAGCCGACGCCGUAACGGAUAGCCAAGACGAGAAACUCAAGGAACAUGUGCCGUCUCCAAAGAAGAAGCGCGCACACGACCAGUUAGAUGGAAGCAUAGACGUCGAGCAGAACGAUGCCAACAGCGUCACCUCCACAGAGUCCAACAAAGACCGGGCUUCUCGAUUGGAGCCAGAAAAGAAGAGGCAUCGUGAGGAAGACUCGAAUAGAGUGGUGUCUAAUUCCUCGUCAACAGCGGACUUGCAACCCGCUACGGAAGAGACUGCAAAUCCUCCAAAGGUCCCUCCAACAAGUGUCUUACCACAGACAUCAUCCGCUGCAUUUUCAACCUCAGGCUUCGGCAAACUUGCUGCUGGAUCCUCCCCGUUUGCGAGCUUGGGCACAUCUCAGAGCAGCAUUUUUUCUUCUUCAAUUGGCUCCUCGGCUCUACCAUUAGGCACCGGGUUGGGAGCUGCAGGAUCACAGCCCGCGCCAGCUGUCACCAUGCCCAAAUUGACAUUUGGUAGUACUAAUAGUGCUUCGCCUUUCGCCAAUCUCUCUUCGGGCUUCGGUGGAGCCAGCCUCGGCUCUCCGUUUUCUGUAGGCAAAGGACUAGAAAGCUUUGCGUCACCUUUGGCCAAACCUCUGCAAAGUGAAAAGCCAGCAAAGCCUUUCGGAGCCCCCGAAAGUGAUGCAGAGGAGGAGGAGGAGGAUGACGCUGCGCGAGAUGAAAAAUCUGAGUCGAAUGAACAAGAACGAGCACCAUCUCCAGAAAAGGAACUGGAGGAGAAGAAGAGAAUCAAACUGCACAAGGUCGAAGUUGAUGACGGCGAGGCAGGUGAAGCAACUUUGCUCUCAGUCCGAGCAAAGAUGUUUUACCACGACAAAGAGGCAGGUUGGAAAGAGCGAGGUGCUGGAAUGCUGAAAAUAAAUGUCCCCCAAGCUUGUAUUGAGUUCGAUGAGAACGGCUCACCCAUUCUUGGCUCUUUUGAUGCGUCUAGCCUAGACGGCGAUGAUGGAGAGGAUGACAAGGCACAGGUGCACAAAGUUGUCCGUCUUCUCAUGCGCCAAGAUCAGACGCAUCGUGUCAUUCUCAACACGGCCAUUCUUCCUGCAAUGAAUUUCCAAGAAAAGGCAUCCCUUAAGUCUGUAGGGAUAUUGUUCACAGCAUUUGAGGGUGAGCAGGCUAAGCCAGUGAGCAUUACAAUGAGAAUGUCAGCUGCGAGCGCUAAGAGCUUCUUAAAGGAAGUUGGCAGCAUUCAGAAAGAACUUCGAGGCAAUUAA